UGCUUUGUUCUCACUUUUUACUUCCACCAAUGGCUCUUUCAGUGGAUAAAACCUCCGGCGGCCGUGAAUACAAGGUGAAAGACAUGUCUCAAGCCGAUUUUGGCCGUCUCGAGAUCGAUUUAGCCGAGGUCGAAAUGCCUGGUCUAAUGGCAUGUAGAACUGAAUUCGGCCCUUCUCAACCUUUCAAAGGAGCCAGAAUCACCGGUUCACUUCACAUGACAAUCCAAACCGCCGUCCUCAUCGAAACCUUAACCGCAUUAGGAGCCGAAGUCCGUUGGUGUUCUUGCAACAUUUUCUCAACCCAAGACCACGCCGCCGCCGUCAUCGCUCGUGACUCCGCUUCUGUAUUCGCUUGGAAAGGCGAAACACUCCAAGAAUACUGGUGGUGUACCGAGAAAUCCCUCGAUUGGGGUGCCGGUGGUGGACCUGAUUUGAUUGUUGAUGAUGGUGGGGAUGUUACGAUGUUGAUCCAUGAAGGGGUUAAAGCUGAGGAAGCUUAUGAGAAAACCGGGAAGGUACCGGACCCGACGUCGAGCGAUAACGCUGAGUUUCAGAUCGUAUUGACGAUAAUUAAAGAUGGGUUGACAGCAAAUCCGAAGAAAUAUACGAAGAUGAAGGAGAGAUUGGUUGGUGUUUCUGAAGAAACCACGACUGGGGUUAAAAGGCUUUAUCAAAUGCAGGCUAAUGGAACCUUGUUGUUCCCUGCUAUUAAUGUCAAUGACUCUGUCACCAAGAGCAAGUUUGAUAACUUGUAUGGUUGCCGCCACUCUCUUCCUGAUGGUUUAAUGAGAGCCACCGAUGUUAUGAUUGCCGGCAAAGUCGCCGUUGUCUGUGGUUACGGUGAUGUCGGCAAGGGUUGUGCCUCAGCCUUGAAACAAGCCGGAGCUCGUGUCAUCGUGACCGAGAUUGAUCCAAUCUGUGCCCUUCAAGCUCUUAUGGAAGGACUCCAAGUCCUAACUCUUGAAGAUGUUCUUUCAACAGCUGAUAUCUUUGUCACCACAACAGGUAACAAGGACAUCAUCAUGGUUGAUCACAUGAAGAAGAUGAAAAACAACGCCAUCGUUUGCAACAUCGGUCAUUUCGAUAACGAGAUCGACAUGUUAGGCCUCGAGAAUUAUCCAGGUGUCAAACGAAUCACCAUCAAGCCUCAAACCGAUAGGUGGGUAUUCCCCGAUACCAAGACAGGUAUCAUCGUGUUAGCCGAAGGACGUCUCAUGAACUUAGGAUGUGCUACCGGUCAUCCUAGCUUCGUGAUGUCUUGUUCGUUCACGAACCAAGUGAUUGCACAGCUCGAGCUAUGGACGGAGAAAUCAACCGGAAAAUACGAGAAGAAGGUUUACGUUUUGCCGAAGCAUCUCGAUGAGAAAGUCGCUGCUCUUCACCUUGUGAAACUUGGGGCUAAGCUCACUAAGCUUACCAAGGACCAAGCUGACUACAUUAGUGUCCCAAUUGAGGGUCCUUAUAAGCCUCCUCAUUACAGGUACUGAGGAGAGAAUUUGAGGCAGAAUUCAAUAACGAAAACGGCACAUUCCGACGGUUCCAUCGUUUUUAUUAUUAUUGCAUUUUAUCAUAUGAAUUAUUGUUAGAUUGUUAGGUUUUUGAUUAAUGUAGGAGUUUUUGUUUGGGUGAUGGGAAAG